AAGUGCCUCAGUGACCCUAGUGACUAUUACACGUUUAGUGGACGCGGUCUUGGGUCAGAAACGACCGACGUUUGACAUCGCUGUAGAUUCCUGGAGAAGAAUUGGGUAGCAAUUUACCUGGGUUCGUCCCGAAGAGAAGUUUGCUUGCCCAAUUAGUACUAUCUUUCAAACAAGUAUCGCUACCGGUGGCAAGAUCGACGGUAAAUUAGUCUGGCAGAUUGCACCUGUUGUAACUAGGUGAGCAAACUCCGCACGCCUGUCUCGACUCGUUUUAGAGCUCCGGGCCUCCGCUCGAUUGAAUACGAAACCCACGGAACCCGCGAAACCUAUUUGCGCCGACAAAAUGACAGAAACGGAUACAACGAAAGUCGCCGAUGAUCAAUCGCAGACAGACGAGCCCAAGAAGGAUGAGGGCAAGGGCGUGAUCUAUCCUCAGAUAAUCGCCACUCUCGUAGUGAAUCUGGUACUGCUAUCAUGCGGACUAUGCUAUGCCUGGCCGACGGUCAGUCUGCUGAAGUACCAGAAGCCCGACUCGCCUAUCAAGAUGAAACCAGAAGAAGAGUCCUGGGUGGUCACAGCGGUACCAUUGGGUGCCAUAGUUGGGCCCCUCUCAGCAGCCCUCCUAGUGGAUCGGAUAGGCAGGAAAUGGUUCAUCCACCUGUUGUUCUUGCCCAGCCUCAUCGGCUGGAUACUGAUCUACCUUGCCAAAGAUUGGGUAUUGCUCCUCGUAGGACGACUUUUCUGCGGCAUUCCAACCGGAGCCGCAUUUGCAGUUAUUCCCCAAUAUCUUGGGGAGAUUGUGGAGACUAGGAAAAGAGGGGCUGCGAACUUUAUGAUGGUCAUAUUUCUAAAUGCUGGAUACAUUCUGAUGUACGGGGUUGGGCCCCUGGUGAAUCAGCAGAUGCUGGCGAUCAUCUGUACAAUACCACCGAUCCUCCUAUUUUUGCUGGUGCCCUGGCUACCAGAGUCUCCUUACCAUUGUCUGAAGAAGAAUAAUGCGGAGAACGCAGAGCUGUCCCUGAUCUGGCUGAGACGCAACAUAAACAACAAGGAUAAGAUAGACGAAAUUAAAGAGUUCAUAGAACGAGAAAAGGACGGUGGUUUGAAGAAGCUGUUCGCAAAACCAGUGCACCGGAAAGCACUGUACAUUAUGUUACUGCUGCUGGCGGGUCAACAACUAUCAGGGAUAGUAGCGAUCCAGUCAUAUGCCGGCGUUAUAAUCAGAAACAUUAACGUGGAUGUCAGCAUACACUUGAUCCUGCUCGGUCUAGGAGCGUGUAGCUUAGUUUUUGGCAUUAUAACAUCGGUGAUCAUCGACAGAGUCGGCAGGAAACCUCUGUACCUGUUCUCGGCGUACACCACAGUUCUUUGCUUGGCCGCCAUGGGAACCUACUACCUGCUUGAAGAAAUGCGAUUCAAUGUUAAACCGUAUGCUGCGGUGCCUGUAGCGAUAUUGAUACUUUUCUACCUGGCGGUCACCGUAGGUGUAACCAGCAUUCCAGCGGUCGUCUCUGGUGAAAUCUUUCCUAUAAGCGUGAAAAUAUGGGCAUCCUCCAUAAUCAACACCUAUGGAGCCGCGCUAGCUCUCCUCGUUUCUAAGUCUUAUCAGCCUAUACUCGAUGCCUUUGGCCUCAAAACCGUUUUCUAUAUUUUCGCUCUAGUUGAAUUAAUAAUCGCCACUGCCUCUAUCUUCAUCAUGCCGGAGACUGCAAAGAAGUCGUUCUCGGAGAUCCAAGACGAACUCAACAGGUCUAUUAUUGCGAGACAGCAUAGCGACGAGGAACUAGUCACUGAGGAGGUACCGGCUUAGAGACACGGAUAUGAUCUUGUACAUUGUGUAAUAUAAUACAAAUAAAGGAUAGUUAAGUAUUUCAAGCAUUCCCAUCACUCAAGAAUGAGGACGACUGAAAAUAACUGAAAAUUGGACUCGAUGAAUUGGAAAUGAAUGGGACAUCGUUCAACAUUCAUUUAAUAAUAAAGUACUACAUUUUCUUGCAACGUGGCUAUACUGAGUAGUUGUGGCCAGCCAGCAAAGAGCUCUGUCUUUUACGCUCUCUUGCCCGUGCGCGGUUCGUUGAAUUCUCCGACAAUUCUUCAAAGAAAAAAUACGACUCAUUUUUUAAACAACACUGGACCAAAAUUGCAAAAGAAAGGAAUGUACUUUUUUGCGAAGACGAGGGUUGUUUAUCAUCCGGUUGAGUGAAUGCGGCUGAAGAAGAAUCUUCCACUGCCUUUUGCUCCAUCGGAGCUAACUCCUGCUGCAAUUGGAUUUCAAAAAUGUUUUUCUCAAUGUCUGAAUGAGUAUUUUAUACUUGUAAUUGACCUCGUGUAAAUGUUUCAUGGCGUCCGAUUUGGGAACUUUAUUGUUAUGGGAUUUAUUUUUAUAUCGAUUGGUGAACAGCCAGGAACUGUGGAGAGAUCUCUGGUACUGGUACUUAUCUGGCGAUAAAAUGAUCAUUUAACAAAAUGACUGUAAGAGAAAUAGUUGUGAUUUAACCUGUGGUGUAAUCACUGUCGGUGCUAGCUCGUUUGUUUACGGACUUCCACGUAUGACGUCUCUGAUCGGCUCGCCUUAUUUCCAUCGUUCUUCGACGAGUUUGCAACUUUAUUCUGCGUUGGUCAGGUACACUGACCCCCACUGGUCCCAGGUCUAGCGAGGCCCAAACGGCCCUUCGGUAUUCCCAAUAGCGUUUCUUGUACAUCCAAUAUUUCAAUGGAUAGUUGUAUAAUAUGUCAGAAUCUUUCGUAUAACACCAACCGCAGAACUGUUAACAGUCGCAGAAACAUUAAACAGAUAUAUUUAA